UGACCGCCGCCAUUUGUCAUUUUUUUGGCAUGCGCGUUCGAGGAUGCUACGAAAAUCGUGCUCGUGAGUGUUUUUAUGAAUUCAAGUGAAUUUUGAACUUUGUUUGUGUAACGUGAAAGUUGUGUCUGUUAAAUAUUAUCCAUAUUUCUUUAGUGAUUGUGAUUUUUAAUUUGUCACGAUGAAUAAAACUUGUGCAAGGUGCGAAAAAACAGUUUAUCCAACGGAGGAAUUGAAAUGUUUAGACAAGGUCUGGCACAAAGGUUGUUUCAAAUGCCAAGAAUGCGGGAUGACACUCAACAUGAGGACGUACAAGGGCUACGGAAAGCUGCCGUACUGCGAAGCACACGUGCCAAAGGCGAAGCACACGACGAUGGCAGAAACGCCGGAACUAAAGCGGAUAGCUGAGAACACAAAAUUACAGAGCAACGUCAAAUACCACGCUGACUUCGAGAAGAGUAAGGGGAAGUUCACACAGGUAGCCGAUGAUCCAGAAACCCUCAGGAUCAAGGCCAACACAAAAAUAAUAAGCAAUGUCGCGUACCACGGGGAUUUGGAGAAAAAGGCACAGAUGGAGAAACAGAGGCAGAUAAACGAGAACGGAGAAAUCGUUGACGUAGCCACCAACGAUAACUACCACCAACAAAUCGAAAAUUACGCCACUGAAAUGCUACCUCCGAACUUACCACCGCCGAAUCUGCCACCGAAGAACCACUACCAGACACCCGUAGCGCAGUCUCAUCGUCAGUACCAACCGGAGUAUCGCCAAGACGAAUAUUAUUCGCAACCAAAAUACGAGAACUACCCGCAAAAUGCAAAUCAGUAUCACGGUAACCAGAAUUACGGUAACCAGAAGAUCGGUAGGAUUCAAGAUUAUGAUCCUCUGAGUGAUGGUCCGAGACAGCCUCCGAACACGCAGAGGGCGUCCGCUACUUUGAUUUAUAACAGUUCCAACGAAGGGAAGCGAGGUGCACAUCAAGUCCUGCAGCAGCAACAGCAACAGCAGCAACAGCAGAGCAGCCGAAACAUCGGCCGCGUCACCGACCUCGACCCACUUGCAAACGAACAGCAGAACCAUCGCGCUUCCAACCACCACAAUCAGAGAGUUUACAUUGCCAUGUACGACUAUGAAGCGAACGAUAGUGAUGAAGUAUCAUUCCGCGAAGGCGACUACAUAUCGAACGUGACCUCCAUCGAUGAGGGCUGGAUGACGGGGCAGGUCCUCCGCACCGGUCGCACGGGCAUGCUGCCCGCCAACUACGUAGAGCUCGCCACCGACGCCCGUCCGCGCUGAGACACGACCCAACACAUACAGCCACACGAGUCAUUCAAGAUACACCACACAAGUUACAAGACACACACAAGAUACAAGUCACUAUAUUUCAUAUAAAAUAUACAAUGACAGAAAAUACUCUAUAGUCUAUUCCGAUGGCAGGGGGAGUGAAAAUAAACAAACAAAUUUGACCUUGAAUUGACAUGAUGUCAUUGGUCGAGAUCUAAUAUGAUCUAUGAUAUUCUCUAUGGAUCCGUAAACUGUUUGUAUUGCAUAAUAUAGAAGAUUAUUAACGUAAUCGCAUGUAAUAUUUAAUUCUAAAGUUUGUUUAUCCUUACUCGUCCUACCGUUGGAAUAAAUUAAACACAUGGGAUACGCUGACAUACGCCAUUAAUACUAAUAAAAUAAACCUAUAUUAAAAUGCCACUAACACCAUUGAUAGACAAUAAACCGCUAUAGAAUAGUAUGUUACGAAAUAUAUAAUAUUUAUUUAUAUAUUAUGCCACUGUCGUAUUCGACAUUCGCCACAUAAUCAUACAUACUUAUUAUAUAUAUUAUAUAAAAUUUGUAACUUAUACAAGAAAUACGCUUUUUAAAUAUUGAAAAUUAUGUCAUUUUUGGCGCCUAAUUUUUCUUGAAUUAUUACUCGAUAAUAAUUUUUAAAUAUAUGAUUAAGAAGGCGCCAGAAGUUUCCGUUUUUAAAAUAAAUUCCAUUGUACUGUACGUUCCAAAACAGCUCGUAUUUGUAAAUUAAAUUCAUUAAUUUAUGCGUAUACAGUUAAUGUUAUAUGUCCAAUAUUAAUAAUUGCAUUUUUAAAUCAUUCCAAAAAAAUAAUAAAAAAAUAUUUGUAUUUUAUUUUAUGGCAACAUUUUGAGAGAUUAUUUUAUGUUUAAUUGGCUACUUAAUAAAUUAUUUUAAACUAUUUGUACUGCAAAAUGUUUUUUCUAGUUAUAAAAAAAAUGUAUAUUUCUGGGAUUUUUUUUUGCAUAAAUCCCAAAAAUAUGUAUGAUAAAGCCUUCGAACAAUAUUUUACGAUAUUUUUUGUACCUGGUCACACAGCAGGUCGCAAUAUAUUUUACACAUUGUAAAUAAUUUUACAUUUAAAUAUAAACUUUAUGGUGUUAUACCAUAUUUUUAUAUAUAUUUUUGUAGAAAUAAAUUUUUAUAAUUACAUCUUUUAAUAUUUCUAAAAAUGCGAUCAAUGCAUAAUAAAUAUUUUAGGCACACAUUUUUUAUUCACAUUCCGUUUUUACCGAGGAACUUAGGUCUUAUUAUCUUUUUUUUUUAUUAAUCUACAGCUCAAUAUACUCGGUUUCUUUUCUAAUCUGUUUUAAUUGUUUUUGGCGCCAAUUUUUAAUCGAAACGUCAAUUUAUCUUAUGAUGUUUAUUUUAAAUUAUUGCAAAAUAAUAUUAUGAAUGGUUAAAAAAAAUUAAAAUAGGGCGUAAGUUCUCGAGCAUUAAAGUUAUCAUAUCGUUACAGCCAUAGAACAAAUCCGGUUCUGUAAUUUUUUUUUUUUAAUAUCCUGUAAUAAAAUAUCGAACAGCCUGUAAUUGGACCAAGGCCUCCUUCAUGUUUAAUUAAAUAAGCUAAUACCACCACUCCGCUCCAAUGAUGUUUGGUGGAUUAUUUAAAUAGAUAGUUUAUAUUUAAUUUCUCGAAACCAUUUAAUUUUUUAUUACACUAUGAAAAGUGUGAUUUUCUGUUUAACUCGGAUAAAAUAACCGUUUGAAAAAGUUUAUUAUAAAGGAAUUGGUUUGUAGUACCUUUUUAUUAUUAAAUUCUAUAAAAUAAAAUUAAUAAAAGUUUAAUUUAACGCACAGCAUAUUAAACAGCGUGUUAUUUCAUAAUUAUAAUUAAUUUAUAAACAAAUGAUAAGUCAUUACAAAACUGUUAUUGUUCUACGUUUGUAAUGAUAUAUUGUCCUUUUAUAUUAAAGCUUGUUUUAAUAACAUAUUAGUGUUGAUUAUAUUGUACAUGAUGUCUAAACUAAAAUAAUUUGAUAGGACUGAACGAAAUAUUCUACUCUUAAAAUAAGAAAUCUACAUAAAUAGGCAAAGUUCAAACAUUGCCUAUUAUUUUUUUUUUUUAAUUUGGUAAAUCUUGACAACCUUUAGAGGUAACACAUAAAAAAAAAAGAAACAGCAGUAAAUAAAGAUUUGUUCGACAAAUGAUUUCCUAAAAUAUUUGAUGAUUUGAAAUCGAUUUUUGAGCGGACACUAGUAAAACUUAUAUUUAACUUUAAAAUCAAUGUCUUUGUAAAUGCUCUUCUGUAAUGUUUCAACGUCUCUCGCGUUACUCAGUACAUAAACUGGUUAUUUAUUGUUACUAACAUUGAGACUGGCGGAAUUAUUGUAUUUUAAAAGCAUGCAAUAGCAAUAUAGCUCGGUCACAGUUGUGUUGCCUGAUUUUAGUCCUGUUAAAUAUUUAGAUGUUAUGUACGUCUGAAUCGGACUUUGAAACUUAUUGUUAAUUACAAGUGUUGCACGGUUAGAUUAGACACUUUCUAUUUAUUAUUUUAUUUACUUAAGACUACUCUGCCCUAUUGAUUGUUAAAUCUCAUUUUAUAAGCCACUUUGUAGGGGCAGUGUUUUGUCUCAGUAUAUAAUUUGUUAUAAUUGUAAGCAUUUUUAAUACAUCACAAUUGAACGGCUUAAGAGCGAGAUUAUCAAAUUGUAUAUUUAUUUUUAAAAUUAAAGUUUUGUUCAUUUUGUAAUAUUUUUUUUUUGUUGUAAUUACUAUACUGUACGUUCGUAUUUUGAAAUUCUUGCAUUUUCGCUCUUCAAUACCACAAGUUACGAGAUCUUAUGAAUGGUAACAGUAUUAUAUACCGAUCCGAUGUUACAGUGCCUUUGCCUAAUAUUUAAUAAAAUUUAAGCAAUAAAAAAA